AUGAGUACAUUAUUGAAAGCAGCUUUAUCUCGUAGCCCAGCAUCACUGGCUACGCAUUUGUACCGAAAUCUCCAUUUAUCUGUUGGCGGAGCAUCACCCCUGAAGGAGGCUUCAGCCAAUUCCAAUGUCGCACAGUCGUACACAGUAAUUGACCACAAACACGAUGCACUCGUUAUUGGUGCGGGAGGCGCGGGUCUGCGUGCGGCUUUUGGUCUUGUUCAAGAAGGGUUCAAGACUGCUGUGGUCACAAAACUUUUUCCCACAAGGUCACAUACAGUUGCUGCACAGGGUGGCAUAAAUGCUGCACUCGGUAACAUGGAAGAAGACAAUUGGCUCUGGCAUAUGUAUGACACGGUUAAGGGUUCUGAUUGGCUUGGAGACCAGGAUGCCAUCCACUACAUGACUAAAGAAGCACCUCAUGCAGUUAUUGAAUUAGAUAAUUAUGGUAUGCCUUUUUCUCGAACACCAGAAGGCAGGAUCUACCAGAGAGCCUUUGGUGGCCAAUCCUUGAAAUUUGGAAAGGGUGGUCAAGCACAUAGGUGCUGUGCUGUUGCAGACAGAACCGGACACUCUCUUUUACACACAUUGUAUGGCCAAUCUCUCCGCUAUGACUGCGAAUACUUUAUUGAAUAUUUUGCAUUGGACCUUCUCAUGGAAGACGGAGUUUGCAAAGGCUGCAUUGCAUUGAACCUCGAAGACGGAACACUUCACAGAUUCCAAGCGAAGAACACAAUUUUAGCUACAGGCGGUACUGGGCGGUCUUACUUCAGUUGCACAUCAGCGCACACCUGUACCGGAGAUGGAACAGCUAUGGCUGCUCGAGCAGGAUUACAGAAUGAGGAUAUGGAGUUUGUGCAGUUUCAUCCAACCGGAAUCUACGGUGCCGGUUGUCUGAUGACGGAAGGUUGUCGUGGAGAAGGUGGUUUCCUCGUUAACGCUAAAGGUGAACGCUUCAUGGAGAGAUACGCGCCUGUCGCUAAGGAUUUGGCCAGUCGAGAUGUCGUCUCGAGAGCUAUGACUGUAGAAAUCAUGGAAGGUCGUGGUUGUGGACCAGAAAAAGACCAUGUGCACUUACAACUUCACCAUUUACCCCCGGAUCAGCUGAAGCAAAGGCUCCCUGGUAUUUCUGAAACCGCUAUGAUCUUCGCUGGAGUCGAUGUGACCAAGGAACCCAUUCCUGUGUUGCCGACCGUACAUUACAAUAUGGGAGGAACACCCACCAAUUUCCGAGGAGAGGUAAUAACCCACUACAACGGCCAAGAUCGCGUUGUUCCUGGUCUCCUAGCGGCUGGUGAGGCGUCAUGUGCUUCCGUACAUGGUGCUAACAGGCUUGGAGCUAACUCUUUGUUAGAUAUCGUUGUAUUCGGCCGCGCGUGCGCAAUCACCGUAUCUGAAACAAGCCGACCGGGAGAUGCGCAGGCAUCGCUUAAGGAUACAACAGGCCAGGAAAGUAUCACGAACUUGGACCAGAUCAGAUAUGCGAACGGUACUAUUCCAACAGCUGCGCUGCGUCUGCGCAUGCAGAAGAACAUGCAAACGAAUGCCGCUGUAUUCAGACAGAAGGACACGCUCGAAGAAGGCCAACGUCAAAUCCACGAGAUCUACAAACAAAUAGGUGAUGUCAAAGUAUCAGAUCGAUCUCUGAUAUGGAACAGUGAUCUGGUGGAAACCCUUGAACUACAGAACCUGCUGAUCAACUCAGUUCAGAUCGUGGAAGGUGCCUUGGCGAGGGAGGAAUCGAGGGGUGCCCAUGCGAGGGAAGAUUUUAAGACGAGAAGGGAUGAAUAUGAUUACUCCAAGCCAUUGGACGGACAGACUAAGCUACCCUUCGAGAAGCAUUGGAGAAAGCACACCAUAGUGGAGACAAACCCAUCAACAGGCGAGACCCACCUCUCGUACAGACCCGUCAUCGACAAAACCCUGGACCAGCAGGAAUGCAAGACCGUACCACCUGUCAUCAGGACCUACUAG